UCAUCACCAAAGAAAAAACUCACACCAAUGCAGAAAUCUGUUAGUCCGUUAGUUUGGUGCAGGCAAGUUUUGGAUUACCCAAGUCCUGACGUGGAAUGUACGAAAAAGUCUCUUAUCCACAAACUUGAUCAAACUAUGUCAGCUCUCAAGAGGCAAAAUUUAUACAAUAAUCUUUUCAACUCUAUGAGUUAUACAAGUCCUUAUAGCCCAAAUGCCAAUAGCCCUUACAGCAGCGGCUUCAACUCUCCAUCCUCAGCACCAGUGCGACCUCCUAUAGUCAAGCAGCUUAUACUUCCUGGAAAUUCAGGUAACUUCAAAAGUUCAUCAGAUAGAAAUCCUCCACUCAGCCCUCAAUCCUCUAUAGAUAGUGAGUUAAGUGCUUCAGAAUUAGAUGAAGAUUCAAUUGGAUCCAACUAUAAGCUAAAUGAUGUAACUGAUGUGCAGAUUCUAGCCCGGAUGCAGGAAGAAAGUCUCUGGCAGAAAUAUGCAGCCACCACCUCCCGGCGCAGUUCUGGUUCAUCUUGCAAUUCUACAAGGCGGGGCACUUUUAGUGAUCAAGAGCUGGAUGCACAGAGCUUGGACGAUGAAGAUGAUAGUAUGCACCAUGCCGCCGUAUACCCUGCUGUGAACAGGUUUUCUCCAUCGCCACGCAAUUCACCCCGACCGUCUCCUAAGCAGUCACCUCGCAAUUCACCUCGCUCACGCUCUCCUGCCCGGGGGAUAGAAUACAGUAGAGUAUCUCCACAGCCUAUGAUUAGUCGUUUGCAGCAACCUCGCCUUUCCCUCCAAGGCCAUCCCACAGAUUUACAGACAAGCAAUGUUAAAAAUGAAGAAAAACUCCGACGCAGUCUUCCAAACCUGUCCCGGACAUCAAGCUCACAAGCUGACUCAGUGAGAAGCAGCAGAAGUGAUUCCAGUUUCCAAGUGCCAAACGGAGGGGUGCCUCGGAUGCAGCCUCAGGCCUCA